AAAAAAACAAUUUAUAGGCAGGCAAUUGUCUUCAUCACUGAGUCGCAAAACCCUGACUCUCUUGCUUUUGAAGCCUUUAGUUUCUACUCCUACUUAUGGCUUUUGAUGGAUCUUCCAUUAUAGUUGUGGCUAUAUUUGGUGUCUUCUUAGUGAACCUUACUUCAUCCUUGGUGCUUGCUAAAGGCCCGUGCCAGUUUCCGGCAAUAUUCAACUUCGGUGACUCAAACUCCGACACUGGAGGGUUGUCAGCUGCAUUUGGUCAAGCUCCUCCUCCUAAUGGAAUGUCUUACUUUGGUCACCCUGCUGGCCGUUACUGCGAUGGCCGCCUUGUCAUCGACUUCUUAGCGGAGAGCCUUGGGUUACCCUAUCUAAGUGCAUUUCUGGACUCCCUGGGAACCAACUUUACACAUGGAGCUAACUUUGCCACUGCUGGAUCCACCAUUAGACCUCAGAACACUACUUUGCAUCAAAGCGGUUUCAGCCCCAUCUCCUUGAACGUUCAAUUUUACGAGUUCCAUGAUUUUCAUGUGAGGUCACAAAUUGUGCGUAAAAGAGGUGGUGUUUAUGAAACAAUGUUGCCCAAGGAAGAAGACUUCUCCAGUGCCUUGUACACCUUCGACAUUGGCCAAAAUGAUCUCACUUCUGGUUAUUUCUUAAACAUGUCCGUAGACGAAGUUAAGGCUUAUGUUCCCGAUGUGCUUAAUCAGUUCCUCACUAUAAUUAAGGAUAUAUAUGACGUAGGAGGCAGAUACUUUUGGAUACACAAUACAGGUCCCGUUGGGUGUUUACCCUAUGUCAUGGAGCGUAUCCCGGUGUUAGCAGGUCAGAUUGAUAGAUAUGGAUGUGCCUCGCCAUUCAAUGAAGUCGCCCAAUUUUUCAACCAUGGUUUGAAAAAGACGGUUCAACAGCUGCGCAAAGAUUUGCCACAUGCUGCAAUCACUUACGUUGAUGUUUACUCAGUGAAAUACUCCCUAAUUAGCCAAGGAAGAAACCAUGGGUUCAAUCAACCUCUUAGAACAUGCUGCGGCCAUGGUGGAAAGUACAAUUACAACAAGAACCUGGGUUGUGGAGGAAAGGUUCAUAAACAAGGGAAGGAUGUAUUAGUGGCGGCACCUUGCCAAGAUCCUUCAACUCAUGUAAAUUGGGACGGGGUACACUUUACCGAAGCAGCUAAUCGGUACAUAUUUGAACGUAUUGUCGAUGGUUCAUUUUCUGACCCCCCACAUCCAUUAAACAUGGCAUGUUAUAGGAACUAGGAGGGGACUUCCAACUCUUUUGUACUGUUUCCUUUUCUAUAUCCACCAAGUUCAAUGUUAUGCUUAAGUAGGAAUUUUAUUUUUAGUUUUAUAAUUAUGGUUAUAAAAGUUAAAAGUGCUAUGGAGAUCUUGUAGUAGAAGUCAAAUUGUAUUUUACUCUUCUAUUAAAAAGAUGAGUAAAUUAAUCCCUAUAAAUUAGAACAAAGAGUAAAUUAGUUUUUCUGUUAAAAA